CCUUUGGGAGCAUUGAGCUUCUCGUGGGCAUAGCGCACUGCACGUCGGAGGAUGCGCCUCAGAACAUACCUGCAGGAAGAUGCAGAUGUCACAACCUGCAAAAAGGUGAACAGUGUUGAAGAGCAAAAGUCAAGGGCCAGGAUGACUUAAAUAGCUCAGAACGUCAUGGUGACAGGCAGCAACCGGGGAAUUGGACUCGGUCUGGUGAAAGAGUUUGUGAAAAUGAACCAUCCUCCAAACCAUAUUUUUGCAACUUGUAGAAACCUGACUGGAUCUGAAGCAAAGGCUUUGCAGGAUUUGGCUACUAAACACCCCAACGUUCACGUGGUUCAGUUAGAUGUGACAGACCAUUCCAGUGUGAAGGCAGCCGUGUCAGUAGUGGAAUCCCAUCUGAAGGGUCAGGGGCUGAAUCUGCUAAUCAACAAUGCAGGCAGAAAUUCCCAAACCCCAUUUCUGGAAGAUGUGGAUCAGCAAGAUAUGCUUUUGACCUACAACACCAAUACAGUGGGACCCCUCCUUAUUGUCAAAGAAUUCUUGCCUCUGCUGAAAAAGGCUGCCAAGGAGACUGCAAGCAAAGACUUGGGAGGCAACAAAGCAGUUGUCAUCAACAUCUCUUCGUUCAUUGGCUCCAUCGGACAGGGUUUUACUACCACAAUAACCCCAGUUCCUCCAUUGUAUGCAUACCGCGCAAGCAAGGCAGCUCUGAACAUGAUCAUGGCCUGCCUUGCAGUGGAACUGAAAAAAGAUGGAAUUUUAUGUGCUUUGAUCCAUCCUGGAUGGGUGAAAACAGACGUGGGAUCAGAAGAGGCCCCUCUGAUGGUGCAGAACAGCGUCGAGGGUAUGCUGAAAGUCAUUGCUAAUUUAAAGUCAUCAUCGUCUGGCGCCUUUCUGGACUGGGAGGGGAACGAAGUGGCCUGGUGAACACAACAAGCAUCUUUGACCUUCUUGCUGGGGAGAAGUGCCAGACCUUUGUGAACUGGAAGAAGAGAACUUCCCUCUGGUUUCUCCUGCUCCUAAACGCAACGUGACGGCUUCACUGCCUUUGUCAUCAAUAAACGCACCAUGGUCACAGAAAAUCUUGCCACAACCUUUUCGUCCCAAGUGCCAUGUAUAGGAAGGUUCUCUCCCGCGCGCGUACCCACUUGCCCUGGAUGCUGUUGCUGUUUAUUUGUGGAGGGCAAAGACUGGUUCAUUCCUCUCUUGGUUUUCUUUUCCAAGCUGUUGGGAUCCAUGGCACAAACAGUUAGACAGAGGCUUUCUACAGUGGGCAGGAAAUGGACUUCUGUCCUUGACAAUUUAACCAUAGGAUGAGAAAUAGCGGGGCAGAACGCUCAGUCCCUUCCUCACCUUUCUUUUGCUGCAGGAAUGUGCAAUGGGAACUAAGCACCAGAGAAAACCAGAAUGCAAAAAGGACAGCCUUUGGGCCACGUGGAUGUUGGAUAUGGCCUGUGACACCCCUUGACUCCAAGAUCCAACUUUCCUCACUCAUCUGCCACUGCGAUUCUCACUUGCUCUCCACUCCAGUCCUUCUCUCUGCCUUUUUUUCUUCUCUCUCUCUCUCUCUCUCUCUCUUUUUCAACCCUUUCUAGUUCCUUCACUGUGCUUUCUCCUGAUAUGGUCACAAGCUUCUCUGACCUCCCAGUGCCACCUGCCCCAAUACCCACUCCCUCCUUCAUUUUUAAUUCAUAGAGGAAUCAACAGCUCUCUCUUUAAAAACAGAAAGUGAUUUCUCUCCCCCACUCCCUGCCUUUUGUUCUUGACUUAAAUAGGGAGGGAUAUAUGCUCUGCUGUAGAAAAUCUCCCCAAAUGCAGCCUGUACAGGAAUAUGGAUUGGGUCAAAGUCAAGCAAAGCAGGAUUGGCAAAACAAACAGCUUUGAAGUGGAAGCAAAGGUAAACAGAAGGACAGCAGGAAAAGUAGGGGUGGUUGUUUCCUUCUGGUUCCUUGCUAGCACUCCUGAUCUUCCAGGUUUCUGCUGGAAGGAGCAACUGAAAUGGCACUGAUGUUCUACAUAGAAGCAGUAUAACAUUUAUGUCUGUGCAUCUCAGCAAGUCCCAGCCAUCCUAGUAAGAGGACAUAGAUAAAUGGUGGGGAAGGGACAUUCCUCCACCCUUCCCCCUCUCCCUUCCCUUUCCAGCAGCAAACAAGGGAAAAGAACCCAAUUACUGCAAAGUUUCACAUUGCCUGGGAAGCUGGGAGUGAGACCAACAUUUUGAUGCCUAAAGCCACUUCUUCCUGAUUUAGUUUUACAGUAGUUUUUGGAUCCAUAUCUAAGGUGGCAGGUUUAGAAGCAUCAUAAAGUAUGUCAAAUUGGGUGGGUAGUGGGCAGGAGGAAGCACAAGUGCCUUCACAUCUCAGUUGACCCUUGGAGAUGCUUUUCCCUAGCCUACAGUCUUUGACACCUUAAAUGCAAGUGUCAAGGACUGGCCAAAAACACGGAGGGCCUAUUUUCCCUAGUUGUUCUUCCCGCUGUGCUCUUGAGAGACCCAUCCAACGAUAUGUCACAGAAACAAUGCAUCAAGAUCUGCUCUUCCCAGGGAAAGGAACAGGUGCCAUAGCCCCAGGGC